UUGAAAUGAAUCAAGUAAGAUAAUGUUGUCUAGGAGGUGGCAUAACCAAGGCCUCUAGUGUCCUUAUCGCUUAGAUUACUUUUGUACUUCCAAAUAUCUGCAAUAAAUGAGUACACACACCCUCACACUCACUAAUCUGCAUGCUUCAUUCUCUAUAAUUUAAUUCUGUCACCAAAAAAAGAAUACUACUACUACUAGCUAGUAAAGAUGGUGCUAGGUGUGUGGAUGAUCAAGCUGUGUUUGUUUCUGAUUCUUGUUUCCAAAUUAAGCAAUGCUGGAUAUUCAACUAAGUUGGAUUUCUAUCCUCUACCUUGUGAACGAAUUGAGUGUCCAGAUUAUGAGUUGAUUGAAUCUGGAAAAGACUAUGAAAUACGUCUUUAUAAUUCUGCCAUGUGGAUGUCUACUCCUCCUAUUGAUGAUACUUCAUUCUUUUCCGGCACCACAACUGGUUUCCAAAGUCUAUAUAAUUACAGGCACGGAAAGAACAUUUACAAGGAGGAAAUAGGGAUGACAGUACCAGUUUUGGCUCAAGUGAAGCCAAGUGAUGGACCUUUCAGUACUUCCUCAUUUGUUGUGAGCUUUUAUAUACCAAAGAAGAACCAGCCCAAUCCUCCUCCAGCUAAAGGCCUUCACCUCCAAAAAUGGAGCAAAACAUACGUCGCUGUCAGGCAAUUCAGCGGAUUUGUAAUUGAUGAUGAUAUUCCAAAAGAAGCCGCUGCCCUGAGUGCCAGUAUUGCUGGCACUAAAUGGGCUGAAGCCGUUGAAAAAAGCCAGGCUGCAGAUGACACUACGGUUUAUAAAGUGGCGCAAUACAACUCUCCGUCUGAGUUCAACAACAGAGUUAAUGAGAUAUGGUUUACUUUUGAUUUGGACAAAGCAUCUGCCAUUUGAGACGCUCUUGUUCGAGAAUAGAGCUAAUGAGACGUGAUUUACUUCUGGUUUGCUAUCGCGUUUUCCUGUUUGUAUUAUCAAAGGGAUUGUUGAGAAGUCUAGUAAUUCUGUAUGACCAGAACGCUACAUUAUAUAUUGUUAAAUAAGACAUCUCGGUAUUGUAAUGGUAAAA